AUGUUCUGCCUCCGAAGCUGGCUUCCUCUCCUCUUCAUUCCUACAAACGCGUCCCCACUCUUUAUCCUCUCUUUCGUCAUCUUGACCUAUGUCCUCCACCGACCAUGCAUCUAUUGUUCGGCGCUACUUUUGAUCCUUUUCGCAUCAUCCUGCCACUGGGCAGAUCGCUGCUUCUUCGACUUGCGUGGUGACUGGUACUCGCCACGCUUCACGUCUGUUCCAUUCACAUAUACCGUUCCGGCAAAUGCUUCGUCGUCCCUACCUUUAGUCGACAAUCAGACGAUAGGCAGCAUGAAUGUGGUCAACGACGACGGAUCGUUGGCGAAAUAUAUCAUGGAGGCGAUGAAUACAACAACGACCGCGCUCGCCGGCGCCGCAGUUGAGGAAGCCAAAAGGAGGUUUUUGCAAUACGGGAAUGGCACCGCUGUCGAGGUUCGUCAGGAAGAAUGGACGGGUAUCGGCUUGGAGUGGUUACGUAGUUUGCUUGGGCGACGAGAGUGGACUAUACCCUGUAUUGAUGUGAAGAUUCGACUGUAA